AUGUAUCCACAUCAAUCACUAUAUGAUCCAAAAAACUCAAAUACCUAUCAUGAAGUUAGUUAUGGCUCAGAAAAAUGCGAAGCUAUAAAACGAAAGACGAAGGGGGAAUCAAAUGAGUGCAAAUACGAGUAUCGUUCUAGCGACAAUAAAUUCGAAUCCUCUGGAGUGUUGAGCACUGAAGCGUUCUACUUGAAAUCCUUUGGUGUGCAAAACCGAAAAUUCUCGGAUAUUGUGUUUGGAUGCGAUCACACACAUAAAGGUAAUUUCAAACAUGGUGUUCAAGCUGUUGUUGGUCUCGGUCAAGGGUCAAAAUUAUCACUGGUUUCUCAAUUGGGAAAAGAAAUUGGUGAAAAAUUCUCCUACUGCUUGCCUAUGCAGUCAGUAAGUGAUCUUAAUAAGAUUAGAUUCGGAUCAGAUAUUAAACUCUACAAUCGCGACAUAGAAUUUAAAGCUAAAAUUACCUACGAUAGUCCCUAUGCCUUCCACUACCUCAGUCUUGAAGCCAUUAGCAUUACUAUUAAUGGCAAGAAAAGAAAGAUACGAGUUGCACAACAUCUCAUGAGGGUCGAUAUUCAGACAGCGGUAACAACAUUCCCUCCGACAAUAUACAAUCAACUCCUUAAUGCGUUUAAAGAAGAAGCUGGCAAUAUAAAAUCAUUCAAACAUCAGGAAUAUGGCACUUGUUUCCACAAAAGUAGUUUUUCUGGCAGAAUCCCCAAACUUGUAUUUCAUUUCAAGGCAAGACUUGGAUCUAAUGCAGACCUUCAUUUGCAGCAUAAGAACUUUCUUUUGGAUUAUGAAGACAUGCAAUUUGCGAGAUAG